CAGAGCCUCGUCGCGAUGCGUCCCAACUGUCAAAACUAACGUGGCCUCAAACGUGGAAAACUUGUGUUUUUGGAAACUUAAUUUUUUUUCAAUGAGACAUCGUGACUACAUAAUAAGCGAGAAUUUGAAUAAUGUAACUGGUCCAAUCUAAGCACCAGUGCCUGCACGAGUACUAUGCACGGAUCGGAAAAUGGCAAAGAAAGCGGAGUGGAUAAUCCAGCAGCAGCGGCAGCGACAUGUCGUACGGUCACAGUUACGAGUACCGCACAAAGUACCGUUGGCGUGACGUUCAUCGGCGGCAACAAAGACUGCGCUUCGUGCGGCAAACGCAUUACGGAGAGGUUUUUGCUCAAAGCUAUCGACUUGUUUUGGCACGAGGACUGUUUGAAGUGCGGCUGUUGCGACUGUAGACUAGGCGAAGUCGGAUCUACGUUGUAUACGAAAGCCAAUCUUUUGUUGUGUAAAAGAGAUUAUUUGAGGUUAUUUGGUACAACUGGCUAUUGUGCAGCCUGUAACAAAGUGAUACCGGCUUUCGAGAUGGUGAUGAGGGCGAAAAAUAACGUCUAUCAUUUAGAAUGUUUCGCCUGUCAGCAGUGCAAUCAUAGGUUUUGUGUAGGCGAUAGAUUCUACUUAUGCGAAAAUAAAAUUCUCUGCGAAUACGAUUACGAAGAGAGGUUGGUGUUCGCGAAUAUGGCCUACAAUCCCAGUAGCUUAGCGCAUAUACGAAGGCAAGUCAGUAAUUUACAGCGAGAAGAUUACCACGGACAAAGAGCGACAGCGACAGCCCAUUAAGGAUGACGGCAGCAGCGGCUACGGCAGUCCCGAUUCGGAAACUUUCGAUCCAGGACAGACCUAGAAUGAGCUAAAUAUAAUGCAUAAAGUUUCUUCUACCAGUGGCCCAGCACUUCGAUUUUUUCAAAGGCUUUUGUUCCUUUUUGCUGUUGAGCUUCGCACUCACGAACAAAGUUUCGUAAUUUUGCAGUCGUGAGUGCUGAGCUUUUAUACUUUGUACAGUUGUCUUCUAAGAAAAAAAUAAAUAAACUAUAAGUACUUUUCAAUUACUGCUAUUAUGUAUUUGUAAAUAAUUAUUGUAUUUAUUAUUUAUUACAAAAUAAAUGUUUUACUUAAA